AUGGACGAUCAAGACAAAGGAGGAGGAGGGCAGACAAAAGAAAACCAGGAGGUCGGCGAUGAAGAAAAGUGGACCAAAGACAAACACAACAAGCUGGAGAAGGAAAUCAGCGGGAAGGAGCCGAGCGGCGAGGCCAAGAAGGAGAAGCGCCGCUGUCCGUGGAGGAGCGGCUGGGCUCUGGCCGAGCGGCUGGCCAUCAACGUGUCGGGGAUGCGCUACGAGACCCAGAUCCGCACCCUCGCCCAGUUCCCAGACUCCCUGCUGGGCGACCCCCGCCGCCGCCUCCGCUACUUCGACCCCGUGCGGAACGAGCUCUUCCUGGACAGGAGCCGCGUCUGCUUCGACGCCAUCCUGUACUUCUACCAGUCCGGCGGGAGGCUGCGUCGGCCCGCCAACGUCCCCCUGGACAUGUUCCUGGAGGAGCUGCGCUUCUACGAGCUCGGCGAGGAGACCAUCGACCGGUACAAGGCGGACGAGGGCUUCCCCAAGGAGGAGGAGAGGCCCUUGCCCGCCAAUGACUUGCAGCGGCGCAUCUGGAUGCUGUUUGAGUACCCGGAGUCCUCCAGCGGAGCUCGGAUCAUCGCCAUCAUCAGCGUCAUGGUCAUCGUGCUCUCCAUUCUCAUCUUCUGCCUGGAGACUCUGCCCGAGUUCAGGAACGAGAAGGAGCAGAGGGAGCAAUUCAUCACCAUGCCUCACCCCACCAUAGCGAACGAAACCAUCCUGGUCCCGCCCGUCUUCAACCCCUUCCAGGACCCCUUCUUCAUCGUGGAGACGAUCUGCAUCAUCUGGUUCUCCUUUGAACUCGUCGUGCGCUUGAUCUGCGCCCCGAGCAAGGUGCACUUCUUCAAAGACGUCAUGAACACCAUCGACUUCUUCGCCAUCAUUCCCUAUUUCGUCACCCUGGGCACGGAGCUGGCCAAGGACAAAGGCGCGCAGCCCUCCGUGUCCCUGGCCCUCAUCAGGGUCAUCAGGCUGGUGAGGGUCUUUAGGAUCUUCAAGCUCUCUCGUCACUCCAAGGGCCUCCAGAUCCUGGGCCAGACGCUGAAGGCCAGCCUCCGGGAGCUCGCCCUGCUCAUCUUCUUCCUCUUCAUCGGAGUCAUCCUCUUUUCCAGCGCCGCCUACUUCGCGGAGGUGGACAGCCCCGACACGGCGUUCACCAGCAUCCCCGAAGCGUUCUGGUGGGCCGUGGUGACCAUGACCACGGUCGGCUACGGGGACAUGUACCCGGAGACGGUCGGGGGCAAGCUGGUGGGCUCCAUGUGCGCCAUCGCCGGCGUGCUCACCAUCUCGCUGCCGGUGCCCGUCAUCGUGUCCAACUUCAGCUAUUUCUACCACCGCGAGUCGGAGUGCGAGGAAUCGACCGGGUACAGUCACGUGUCCACGUCGCUCUGGGAGGGGGAGGGCGAGGAAGAGGGGGAAUACGAGGAAGGGGAUGACGAGGGGCACGAACACAUGGGAGAUUAUGCACCCCUGUAUGGGCAGGACAGCAGGGCCGUGUGCCCGCCGCUCAAUGGUUCUCUGCUGGCGGGGCUUUGUACCGGACAGGAAGCUGCCGGUCGCAGAGGGAUAAACUUCUACCUCAACGAAACUCUGGUCACUCAGGUUUAA